AUAACUCACGAGAUACAUUCGGUGAAUAAACGCGUAAUUUCUCAAUGUUAUUGACCCUCUGGUUUCGGGUGGACAGAAAUUCGAUUCGAUUUAUCUUCCAAAACGCGUCUCUAAUAUAUAUUAUUACGUCGUUUGCGAAUUUGCGAUUGAUUCGCGUUUCAUGAUCAACAUAACUAAAUAGGUGGUAUUCACGAAGGAUUUUUUUUAUAGGCCUACUUUUUGAGCAUAAAACCGGUUUCCGUUUAUACGUAUAUAGGGACUUAAAAAACAGCAAACUCGGUUUACCGUUAUGUUCUGUUGGGGUAUGAAGAGGAGGAUACCUAGAAUCGUGUGUUUUCGAUUGUUUUUAUCGAAUUCGUACACGAAAAAAUACUGUAAAAUGGCUGGGGACAAGAAACCUUUUGGACGACUACCAAAAUCUGUAAAACCAGUGUUAUAUGAUUUAUUUUUGAAGCCGGAUUUGCAAAAAUUCACGUUUGAAGGCAAAGAAACCAUUUCCAUUAAUAUUCUGGAAUCAACCAAUAAAAUAAUUUUACAUGCAUUGGAUUUAAAAAUUGAAGAAGUCGAAUUAAAAGACAGUGAAGGAUUUAUUUCCAAACCUUCUGUUACACUAUCAGCGGAAGAUGAAACAGUCACUUUGGGAUUUGAUAAAGAACUACAAAUAGGCGAAGCAUUUUUAAAAUUUAUAUUUGUUGGUGAACUCAAUGAUAAAAUGAAAGGAUUUUACCGUAGUAAAUAUGUCAGUGUCAAUGAAAGCGGCAAUCAGGUUGAAUUCUACUCGGCUGUUAGCAUGUUGUGUACAACUCAUGCACGUAGAAUGUUCCCUUGUUGGGAUGAACCAAAUCUGAAAGCUGUAUUUGAUAUAUCUAUAGCUGUGUGUAACACAUCUCACCGAGCUUUGUCUAAUAUGCCUGUGGUCUCUGAUACAACUGAAGAAAAUGGAGAUCGUUUGCUUAAAUUUCAAAAAACUCCAAUUAUGUCUACUUAUUUGGUUGCCGUUGUAGUAGGAGAUUUUGAUUAUGUAGAAGACAAAGAUUCAGAUGGUGUUUUAGUGCGGGUAUAUACACCAAUUGGAAAAAGUGAACAAGGAAAAUUUGCCUUAGAAGUUGCCAAAUGUGCAUUACCUUACUACAAGGAUUAUUUCCAAGUAGCAUAUCCUUUACCAAAAAUGGAUUUAAUAGCUAUUGCUGAUUUCUCAUCUGGAGCUAUGGAAAAUUGGGGUUUAGUAACCUACAGAGAAUCGUGUCUCUUAGUUGAUCCAGAUAAUACGUCAGCGGUUCGUAAACAAUGGAUAGCUUUAGUUGUUGGGCAUGAGUUGGCUCACCAAUGGUUUGGAAAUUUAGUUACAAUGGAGUGGUGGACACAUCUUUGGUUAAAUGAAGGAUACGCUUCGUUUGUGGAAUUCCUGUGUGUGGAACAUUUGUUCCCAGAAUAUGACAUAUGGACACAAUUUGUUACAGACACAUAUAUUAGAGCACUUGAAUUGGAUGCUUUAAAUAGCAGUCAUCCCAUUGAAAUACCAGUUGGCCAUCCAUCUGAAAUUGAUGAGAUAUUUGAUGACAUUUCAUAUAACAAGGGUGCUUCAGUUAUCAGAAUGUUACAUAACUUUAUUGGAGAUCAAGAUUUCCGUAAAGGAAUGAAUCUGUAUUUGAAUAAACAUCAAUACAGCAAUACAUUUACUGAAGACUUAUGGGUAGCCUUAGAAGAAGCCAGUAAUAAACCAGUAAAAGAUGUCAUGUCUACAUGGACAUUACAAAAAGGAUUCCCUGUAAUAACUGUUGAAAAAGAAACACAAAAUCCUGAUGGAUCAAGGGUUAUCAGUGUAUCUCAAACUAAGUUUACUGCUAACGGACAAGUUGAUGGUGAUGGUGUUUUAUGGAUGGUUCCAUUAACAUUUUCUACAUCUCGAAAUCCAGGAGUUGUGUGUCAUAAAGAAAUAAUGUCUGAAAUUCAAAAGGAUAUAAUCAUUCCUGCUAAUGCAAUUUCACCAGGAGAAUGGGUUAAAGUAAACCCGAGUACUGUUGGAUAUUAUAGAACUCGUUAUACACCUGAAUUACUUAACAAUUUUGUUCCAUCUAUAUCGUCAAGAACAUUACCACCUUUAGACCGUCUUGGAUUACUUGAUGAUCUCUUUGCUUUGGUUCAAGCUGGUCUCUCAAGUACAGAUGAAGUACUACAUUUAAUGUUGGCUAUGACGGAUGAAGAUAAUUAUUCUGUUUGGUCGUCAAUGAGUAAUGUGCUUGGUAAAUUAGCUAUAUUAUUGUCUAAUGUUGAAGGAGAUACAGAACAAUUAUUUAAACAGUACAACAGAAUUCUUUUAAAAAAAAUAUCAUCAAAAUUGGGAUGGACUCCUCAACCUAAUGAAAGUCACCUUGAAACAAUGUUGAGAGGUUUAGUAAUGGCUCGAUUAGUAUCUAGUGCUGAUCCUGAUGUUAUGUCUGAAGCUAAGAUAAAGUUUGCUAAUCACUUAAGUGGUAAAGAAACCAUUGUAGCCGAUUUGAGAAGUCCUAUAUAUAAAGCUUGUUUGUCAUCUGGUGAUGAGACCACUUUUAAUCAAUUAUUACAGCUCUAUAGAGGAACUGAUUUACAUGAAGAAAAGGAUAGGAUAUGCAGAGCAAUGGGAGCGUCUAAAAAUAAAGAUAUAUUAAAAAAAGUGCUUGAUUUUGCAAUGUCUGAUGAAGUUCGUUCACAAGAUACAGUAUUUGUAAUAAUUUCUGUUGGUGGAUCUAAAGUUGGAAGAGAUUUAGCUUGGCAAUUCAUUCAAGACAACUGGUCAAAAUUAUUUAAUCAAUACCAAGGGGGUUUUUUGUUAACUCGUUUGGUGAAAAAUACAACAGAAAACUUUUCGUCUAUUGAAAAAGCUGAAGAAGUAGAGAAUUUCUUCAAGCAAAACGGUUGUGUAGGUGCUGAAAGAACAAUCCAACAAGCUUGUGAAACUAUCCGAUUAAAUGCUGCAUGGUUAAAGAGAGACUAUGAAAAAUUACAAAAUUUCCUUCACAAAGUCGUCCAAAAAUGACUAAUGACUAAAGGCUUGCUCAACAAUGCUCAAUAACUGUUCCAGUUAGUCAAAAAAGUUCGACAUAAUAUAAAGAAGCAGCAUUUUACUAAUGGUUUUUCGUUAACCAAAGUCAUUAUGUUACAUUAAUGUACAUUUUUAAUGGCAUAACCUAUCUUAUACUGGGCAUAUAUUCUUUUUUUUUUUUCAUUAAUAUAAAUGUAUUCUUUAUGUUUAA